AGUUUGGUUCACACAAGAGAAAGAAAUGGAUGGGCUUAGCCAUAUCGGUCUCCCUGUUCUGGGAAUUCUCGCCGUCUCCGUCGUCACUUUCUACGCCGUUAGCUUCGCGGAGAUCAGAGAGAAAUCGUUUAAAGAUUUGUACGACUCGGAGAAUGGAGACGGAGCAGGGUUCAAGACUUCACUAAGUUCGAGAGAGAGAAGAUUGAAAAGAGAAGCAAAUAAGAAACGCCCUCGAUCUUGAAUGCCCAAAAGUGAUGAUUCGUGUUUCUAUAAUAAUGGAGAUUGCCCAAAUAGAUGUUCUCUGAUGCAGUGAUCUUUUAUGUAUUUCUUUUUCAAUUUUUAUUUUGAGUGAUCUCAAAAGUAGCUGGGAUGUUGUGGUGGACCAAAAAAAGCUCUUAUGAGCCAUUCCGGUCCGUAUUUUGGUUAUCCCGGUCCGUACCGACCUGUAUAGACCGAUAAGCAUUUGUGUGUACAGGUACAACUACAAGUUUAUGCAAUUGCAAGAAUUGUCAAUUAAGCAUAAAUUAGCUCAAAACUGUAACAUCAUCUCCUUCUUCUUCUUUCAUAUACUAGAUUUGAAAACGUCUGAGGUAAUCUUUGAGUGUGUAUUUUCCAUGUUUAAGUUCUGAUUAUUAGUUUGGAUUUCAAUUGAAAUAAGAAUUUAUGGUCUUUCUUUUGUUUAUGUCAACGUUUA